AUGCGUGCGCGCGGACGGUUGCUGGUGCUGGGCGCCGGCGCUAGCCAAAGCCCGCCGUCUUCGGCUCCGUCGCUAAUGGAGGCCGUCGGCGCAGGCCAGAGGUGCCGCAAUGGUCGAGCAACAGCAGGCAAGACUGUGCCAGUUAACCCAAAACCUUUCCUGAACAACCUGACAGGGAAGCCUGUUAUUGUCAAACUCAAGUGGGGUAUGGAGUACAAAGGUUAUCUUGCUUCGGUGGACUCCUAUAUGAAUCUCCAGCUUGCCAACACUGAGGAGUACAUUGAUGGGCAAUUCUCUGGAAACCUGGGAGAGAUUCUAAUCAGGUGCAACAACGUUCUGUAUCUCCGAGGCGUUCCCGAGGAUGCAGAGAUAGAGGAUGCAGAGUGA